UGAAUAUGAAAGUUUCUGUCUCUGGAUAUUAUUAUGAAUCUGCUGAUAAUUAAGUAGAUGCUGAUGGCUACAAUGACAAUUCAUCAAAAAAGAGAGAAUCUUAAGAUAAAGAUUAAAAGGGAGAGUUAGAAAGAAUUACCUGUACCUUCUAAGAGGCUCUUUCAAAGUUAUAUGAGAAUUAGAAAUUUGAAAAAGCUGUAUUUAAAGCUGAAGGUGAAUAUAAACAAAUGAUAGAUCAACUACUAUUACAAUGUGAAGUCCUAAAUGAUUUAAUUAAUGGCAGUAUUAUAGGCUCAAAAGGUAUUAAAUAAUCUAUAUAGAAAUUUCAAGACCUGAAGCCAGUAAGUAUCUUAAAGAUUUAUCAGAUAUUCAAAGUCAACUUGUGAUUCUUAAAUAAUAGAUCAAAAAAAAGCCUAAAUAAGAUAAAAGAAAGCUUCAAAAUCAGAUAAAUUAAAUUUCUUAAGAGACUCCUUAAUCAGACAAUAUUGAUAUUAACUUAUAAAUUAUAGAUGAAAAAGAAUUAGAAUCAUUUUAAAAGCGAAUCGAUAUUCUUAACUAAAAAAUUGGUAUGGGUUAUGUGAAAAAGAGUAAUAAUGGAGAGACCUUUUUUAUUAGGGGUAGUGAAUUAUUUAGUGGAAAUGAAAAAGUGAAUGAAAAAAAAGAUAAACAUGAUUUUAAUAUGAUUGGGCAAUUCACAUAUCCUAUAUAAGAAAGUGAUCCUUAAAAUAUUAUGGCACAUACUUCACUAUUAAAAAUCUAGGCAAAUCUAUUAAGAAAUGAUGAAGAGAUGAUCUAGAAACUUAUUAAAAUUUAAGAAUAAUAAGAAUAACUAAAUAAAUCUGAGCAGCAACAAGAUUUAUCUAGUUAAGUUUAAGUAUUACAAAAAAAACAUGAAUUUACUUUGAAUAGUAUAGAUGAAAUUCCAAAAAUACUGAGUAGAUUAAUUUCUUUAAAGUAAUUGCAUUAAUAAACUAUUUUUUUACCAUAAUAACUUGAAUAAACUUCACAAUAGUUAGAUUGGAUGUUACAAAGUUUAGAGGAAGGAUCAGAAAUAAUUUCAAUAUUAGAAAAAUAAAUAAAAUGAAUUUGAAAUAUCAUAUAAUG